AUGGCAUCUUCAAAAAAUUUGCUCUUUCUUAUUGGUGUUCUCUUUGCACUUGUGCUCCUCAUUUCCUCUGAUGCAACAGCUGCAGAUCAGAAGAGCGUGAAAACCACUGGUGUCCACGAUGCCAGUUCAGGCAAAGAUCGUUGCAGACAUGGUUGCUGCCAGUGGUACCAUGGACACUGCCAAAGAUGCUGUCGAACUGCCGAGGAGACCCCUGAAGCCACAUCUGGAGAUGAGGAUACCGUAACCGCAGAUCGUUGCAGACAUGGUUGCUGCUACUGGUACCAUGGACAUUGCCAAAGAUGCUGUUAA